CACGCGGCCUUCACGAGAGUUUCUUUGUGUUCAGGUUGCUGCUGUGGCACAGAGGCUGCGGCGCCCACCUUGGAGCAGUGCGUUUCUACAGGCGAGUCUCAGCCCCACUCUCCCAAGGCGGUGCCUCCUUCCCAGAAGACCCACCCCUGCGAGAUAUGUGGCCCGGUGUUGAGACGCCUUUCCCACUUGACUGAGGAGGGGGGAACACAGCACAGCUUGAAGCUGUUGAGGUGUGGGGCUGGUACGGGACACUUCCCUUUCAGGCCCGGUCUCCAGAAGCACCACACACAGCCCAUGGGAGAGGAUCCCCUCAGAAGCCAUGUGGAGAGGGCCUGGCUUGUGAAGAGCUGCAGCACCAGCGAGUCGCGGGAGCCCGUUACCUGCGGGGAGGUUGGGAGUGGCUCCUGGGCCUCUGUAGGGCAUCUGCAGCAACAGGCCGCUCCCGCUAGGCCAGAUGGCACCUCUGAGUGUGGGGUGGCGGUCCAAGUCAAGACUGCUCACAACAUCUGGCGACUGCACACACCAGCUCUCAUUCCCACACACACACUCACUCCAGAUCAGGGUGUCCACGCGGGAAAACAGUAUUUUGUGUGCCGUGACUGCGGGGAGACGUUCAGACGUGAGGUCUCACUUCUCAUUCACCAGAGAGUCCACACUCGUGAAAGGUUCCGUGUGCUUGCUGAAUGUGACAGGUCUUUUAAGCAAACCACAGCCCUUCGUCACCAUCAAAGCACUCGCACAGUGAGAAGGCGCCGCAGGUGCGGCCAGUGUGGGAGGUCUGUUAACUGGAAGUUUGUCUUUAUCAGUCCUUGGAGAAGUCAGGCUGGAGCAAAUUUUUUGUGCAGUGAAUGUGCACGAGCUGUUGGCCGCAAAUCCACGCUUAUCCUGCAGCGCACAGCUCGUGACGGGGGACGGUGUUAUGGGUGCACACAGUGUGGAGCUUCAUUCAGACAAAAAUUUUACUUGUUUCUACACUGGGGAAUUCACGGCAGGAAAAGACCUUACAAGUGCAGUACAUGCAGCAAAGCAUUUGCCAAUAAGUCAGUACUUACUCUGCACCAGAGAGUGCACCGAGGAGAAAGGCCCUUUAGGUGCAGCGCGUGUGGGACAUCGUUUACACACAGCUCAGUACUCAUUCUCCACCAGAGGGUUCAUGCGGCAGAAAGGCCUUACGCGUGCAGUGAGUGCGGGAAGUCCUUCGGCCGUCAGUCUUCCCUCGUGCAGCAUCAGGUCACUCGUUGUAGGAAAAGGUCUGCUGAGUGCACUGACUGUGGAACAUCUUUAAAGUCCGUCUCCAGCCUCCAUUAUCAUAAAAGAAUUGCCACAGGAGAAAGGCCUGAUAAGUGCAGUGAGUGUGAGAAAUCCUUCAGCGAUGGCUCCCAGCUCAGUCAGCACCCCAGAGCUCACGCUGUAGAGAAGCUCGAGUGCACUGACUGUGGGAAAUUUCUUAGCCGCAAAUCUUUCCUUUCCCACCAGAGACUUCAUUCUGGAGAAAGGACAUACGAGUGCAGCGAAUGUAGGAAAUCUUUUACCUGCAGCUCCACUCUCCUUACUCAUCAGAGAAUUCACACGGGAGAAAGGCCUUACAAGUGUAGCGAGUGUGGGAAAUGUUUUACUCAGAGCUCAUCCCUCACGGAGCACUGGCGAAUUCACACGGGAGAAAGGCCAUUUGCGUGUAGUGAAUGUGGAAAGUCUUACACCCAGAGAUCGACACUCAACCGACACGUGCGAGUUCACACAGGAGAAAGGCCUUACUGUUGCAGUGAGUGUGGGAAGGCCUUCACCAGAAGAAAUGAACUCAUCAUCCACCACAGAGUCCACACGGGGGAAAGGCCAUAUGAGUGCAGACAGUGUGGGAAAUCUUUUACCUCUAGCUCUAAACUUCGUUAUCAUCAGAGAGUUCACACGGGAGAAAGGCCUUAUGACUGUGCUGAAUGUGGGAGGUCAUUUAAACGAGGGGGCCAUCUUCUGACACACCAGAGAGUGCACACGGGGGAAAGGCCGUAUGAGUGCAGUGAGUGUGGGAAAUCUUUUGCCUCUAGCUCCAAACUUCGUGACCACCAGAGAGUUCACACAGGAGAAAAACCUUAUGACUGUGGUGAAUGUGGGAAAUCCUUUAGGGAUAAAUCCCAAUUCAAUAAACACCAGACACAUCACACUAGAGAAAGGCCUUAUGAUUGUACUGAGUGUGGAAAACUCUUUAGCCAUAAAUAUUCCCUUUCGCAACACCAGAAACUUCAUACUGGAGAAAUGUCUUAUGAGUGUAGUGAAUGUGGGAAAUCUUUCACACGUAGCUCCGGACUCCUGUAUCACCAGAGAAUUCAUACAGGAGAAAGACCUUAUGGCUGCAGUGAAUGUGGGAAAUUCUUUAGGGAUAGUUCUUCAUUUUAUAAACACCAAAGAGUUCACACAGGAGAAAGGCCCUAUGGUUGUACUCAAUGUGGAAAAUCAUUUAGCGAUAAAUCUUCCCUUUCUAAACACCAGAGACUUCACACUGGAGACAGGUUUUAUAAGUGUGGUGAAUGUGGGAAGUCUUUUACUUGUAGCUCCGGGCUCCACGCUCAUCAGAGAGUUCACACAGGAGAAAGGCCCUUUGAGUGUGGUGAAUGUGGGAAGACUUACACCCAGAGGUCAACAUUCAUUCGACACAAGAGAAUUCACACUGGAGAAAGGCCUUAUAAGUGUGGUGAAUGUGGGAAGUCUUUUAUCUGUAGCUCUGGGCUCCACUCUCAUGAGAGAGUUCACACGGGAGAAAGGCCCUUUGAGUGUGGUGAAUGCGGGAAGACUUACACCCAUAGAUCAGCCCUCAUUCGACACUGGAGAGUUCACACGAGAGAAAGGCCUUAUAAGUGUGAUGUGUGUGGGAAAACUUUUAGCCAAAGUUCUGCACUUCGUGUACACGAGAACUCACACUAGAGAAGGUGGCUGCACCCUGUCAGAUAGCACAUGCAGACGUAGGACGUCUGUGGCAGAAGUUUUACACCCCAUCAGUGUCAGAGACAUCACAGCCUCCCGCGCCACCCCCGGUUCAUCCCAUCGCCCUGGGAGGGGCCUGUGGGGGCCUGUAGCUGAUGUCCAUAGAACGAGGAGCUGCUAGGUUCCCGCUCCAUCCAUUAAGGGUGGAUCUGAGCAGUGUGAAGCUAGGAAAGACUGGGGGAAAGGACUUGGGGCAGAGGCAAGAUGACCAGGAGGAGCCCUGGAGCAGAGAGAUAUGAAGAAACCUUGCUGGAUGGCUGGCCUUGGGCUUGCACCGGCAACUUGGGAAACAUGGAAGGAGACACUUGGGAGAGAGAGAGAGACGUGGCUGAGAGACCCGUGGGGAGGUGACAGUGGCGGCCUUUAUCUUGGGUAUUUUGUUCCUUUCCUUCCAGACUCACCUGUCCUGUCCCUCUUCUGUAGGCCCCACCAGAAGGUGCCUUAGACAUGUGGCAAGAGCUCAGGCCUCAGUGGCCUUUCCCUGGGCCAAGCCUGUUUGGCGGGGCAUUUACCCACGAAGGGAGGGGCAACUUGGGAUGCUUCAUGGGAAGCUGCUGUAACUUGUUUCCCUUCUGUUCAUUGCACACUGUAUGAGGCUUUUCUAGUAAAGACUUCAUGCACUGAGAGUAUGUUUGUCUUGAUGCGGCAGAGCAGGUGGGUGUGGGAAACCCACAUACCCUUCAUUCUGCCCCUAGACAGCACCCAGCCCCGGGCCAGCCCAGACAGGAAGGGGCUGGCAGGGCCACAGCACUGCCCAGACCACAGUGCCCACUGCCCAAGGUUGUUCCAAGGCCUCCAGGAGGGUCCCUCCACCCCAACCUCCUAAAGAGGCCGCAUGCAGAUGUCUGGGUGCUGUGCCCCAGCCCCAAGGGAACCUGGAGACAGGGGCAUUAGCCUGUGAAGCCCAGAAGCCCUCGGAUGCUUCCGUGGACAGCAGACCCAAGCAGGUAUUAUCCCAGCGUGGCGCAGCCCCAGUGGAUGCUGCGGAACAACCAGUGACGUGACUAUACUUAGAAAUCUCUAUUUCGCUAAGUUUCAAAGUCAAAAGGAAACCUCCUUACAGGCCUUUCCCCCUUAUGAAGCCGUCUGCAGCUCUGCCCACCCCUGACUGCAGGCGUCUCUCGCUGUCCCCUAAUCUGACUUUUAGAACUGUAAGAAAAAUCAGAGUGGAGCCCACGGGGCCUGAGAAUGCUGCCAAGAAGGGGCCCCACACCCGCCCGCCCCCUCUGCCCCAGCCCCUCUAGCAGGACAGAGUCUGGAACUGCUGCCAGCGUCGGCCCAGUCGCUGCCGCCUCCGGGAAGAGGAGACGGGCCCAGGACGGCGGCGGGAAACGCCGGCUUGGAAACGCUGCCAGAUCAUCGAGGCCACUGCCCCUGAGGGGUCAUUUGGGGCCUACAGGAGAGGGACAGGACAGGUGAGUCUGGAAGGAAAGAGUGUCCCCAGACACUCAGGAAGUCGGGUUUUCUGUCUUGCAGUGAAGUCAGAGGGACCUAGGGCAGCUGGGGCGCAGAACGCAGCGAGUGCAGACAGCGCCCUCGGCUGGCCGCGCGCGGCGCCACAGCCGCAGCGAGCUGGCCGUCCUGCAGCCCUUCCCAGUAAGCGCAGUCCCUGAGCAGACGCUGCCUGGAGCAUCACGGAAGGCAAGGGUCACAGCGUCACACAGACCCCCACUCCCGGGAAACAGGGCUCUAACUGGAGUGAAGUCCUAACAGCCCCCCGUUCUGCUCAGUGCAGUACCCGCGAGAGGAAGGUCCCUACCUCAGGCGGGCGGGGAGCCGCCCUUUACCCUGUAACUGCAGAAAUCCCCGAAAUCACAGAGUCCGGGCCUGGUGGUGCUCAGAAAGGGGCCACUCGGGUCCAGCCUCCACUCCAGACCCUUUAAUAAACUCGAUUUUGCUCACCGCCGCCUUUGGCCAA